CCUCUUCGCUCUAUCUCGCUGACUCGCUCACCCUCGAACAGAGGGGGCGGAAGAAAAUGGCGGCGACCCCGCAAAGAUCCAACCCUAAACCCUCCCCGAAGACGCCGAAUCCCUCCCCGGCGCUCCCUCCCACGCCGGGCACCUCCUCUCUCCGCCGCUCCAUCCGCCUCCUCUCCUCCCCCAAAACCCCAAUCCCCGACUCAUGCCCCGCCGAUCGACCCAAAACCCCCAGAUCGAAGCGACCCCUCCUCCCGAUCCCCGAGAGAUUCUCUCCGGUAACCCCCAACCCGCCGGAAUCCAAGAGGCGGCGGCGCUCGGCGCCUGAGGAGCCGAAGAAGACGAGGGCUUCUGGUGGCGCGGAGAGGCGGAGAGUGUACUACCGGAAGGUCGUGUAUGAUGGCGGAGAGUUCGCGGUUGGGGACGACGUGUACGUAAAGCGGAGGGAGGGGGCGGAGUCGGACGCCGAGGACCCGGAGGUGGAGGAGUGCCGGAUCUGCUUCCGGGUCGGCGAAGGGGUGUUGAUAGAGUGUGACGAUUGCUUGGGGGGUUUCCACCUCAAAUGCCUGAAGCCGCGGCUCAGGAAAGUCCCCGAAGAGGAUUGGAUUUGCGGCUUCUGCGCUGCUGAGAAGACGGGGAAGGAGGUGGAGCGCCCAAAGCCUCCGGAGGGGAAGAGCCUGAGCAGAACUGCAAAGGAGAAGCUGCUUUCCAGCGACCUGUGGGCUGCUCGGAUCGAAAGUAUAUGGAAAGAGCCGGACUGCAUCUAUCGGGCAAAGUGUAGGUGGUAUAUAAUUCCUGAAGAGACUGCUGCUGGGAGGCAGCCACAUAAUUUGCGGAGGGAGCUAUACCGCACAAACGAAAUUAGUGACAUAGAGAUGGAAUCUGUCUUAAGGCAUUGUUUUGUUAUGAGCCCUAAAGACUUCAAAGAAGCUAGCAAUGCAGGAGAUGAUGUGUUUUAUUGUGAAUAUGAGUAUGAUAUUCAUUGGCACAAUUUCAAGCGAAUAACUGAUGUUGAUGACGAUUGUGAGAUUGUUGCUGCUGGAAAGGAUGAGGAUUGGAAUAUUAGCAAUGACUCAGGCUGUGACACAGAUGAUGAUUCAGAGUUUGAGGAAGAGCGAAACAUGACCUUUUCAGCUCAGAAGUAUAAAUCCCAUGAUAUGGCUGCGAAUUCACGUAAAGGAAGGAUUUUUGGUCUUCAAAGGAUUGGAAUAAAGAAAAUCCCGGAAUAUGUCAGAUGUCAUAAGCAGACCGAUCUGGAAAAGGCAAAAGCAACAUUGUUGCUAGCAACAUUGCCAAAGUCAUUGCCUUGCAGAAGCAAAGAAAUGGAGGAGAUAACUGCAUUUAUCAAAGGUGCCAUUUGUGAUGACCACUGUUUGGGACGCUGCCUUUAUAUCCAUGGUGUGCCUGGAACUGGCAAGACAAUGUGUGUACUUACAGUGAUGAGGAAUCUAAAGGCUGAAGUUGACAAUGGAACUAUGCGGCCCUAUUGCUUUAUAGAGAUUAAUGGUCUGAAGUUGGCCUCUCCAGAGAACAUUUACAGGUCUAUUUACGAAGCAUUGAGCGGGCACAGAGUUGGUUGGAAGAAGGCUCUUCAUCAUUUGAAUGAACGCUUUUCAGAUGGUGUUAGAGUAGGCAAGGAAGACAAUCAGCCAAUUGUUCUUCUGAUAGAUGAGCUUGAUCUUCUUUUGACCAGAAACCAGUCGGUGCUGUAUAACAUUCUUGAUUGGCCCACUAAACCACAUUCAAAACUAACUGUGAUAGGAAUAGCUAACACCAUGGAUCUUCCAGAAAAAUUACUUCCUCGCAUAUCAAGCCGAAUGGGAAUUCAGAGGCUAUGUUUUGGCCCUUAUAAUUAUAAACAAUUGCAAGAAAUCGUCUCAAGUCGUCUGAAAGGCAUUGAUGCAUUCGAAGAGCAAGCUAUUGAGUUUGCUUCUCGAAAGGUUCAUAUUCUAUUGUUACUUAUUUAUCCAUUUGAUAGCUGGAGAUUGUGAAAUGCUUCACCAUUUGAUAUUCUUGACCAUGCUUGGAAUUUGUUGUGCACUUAUUGAUAACUUGCUAUAGAAUUACGCCUACACCUGAAAGAUCAACUUAACUGGAUGGAGUUUGAUUUUGGAUCAUGAAUCUAGAAAGUAAACUAAUUCUAUUGUUAAAAUGCUGAUAUGCGGAUGGUAAUUCAAAGCCUGUGUUUCUGAUUUAGUAGUUUCUGAAUAUGCUGAUAUGUGGAUGCUAAUUUGCACGAAAUGCUUACAGCUAUAUAGGAAUCUAUUGAGUACUCUACUAAUUUAAUCUUAAUUUAGGGUUUAAGGUUUAGAAUUACACCUACACCUGAAAGAUCAACUUUCCUUUUUGUCAUCUCUAUUUCUAGUCUGCUAGAAAGAUUAUAAUGAAAGUAAAACCUGGAGCGUUAUAUAACGUGGGAAGACAACUUGGAUAAUACUGGUUUGCAAGUGGAGUUACUUCAAUUAGAAUCUCUACCACUACAUCUUUUUGUGUUUUGUUUUGACUAUAUGGUAAACCUAAAUCUUUGCGAAAGAUUUAAUGGUCCAGUAUCACUGUUCUUUAAUUUGACGAUGUACUUUGUUGAGUUUCAUCUGCAUUACUAAUAGUAUCUCAAAACAUAUUUAUUGAAGUCAUAUAUGCGUCAAGUUGGUAUACAACAUGGACAUUGCUUCCAAUUUAAACAUCAACAUAUAUCAUCAUGAUAUUUAUUAUUCAGAAAUUUUAUAGGAAAAAUUAGUAAAACUCCGAUAAUUAGCGAGAAUAACUCUUUGCAAAAUCUUCAUUGGAUCGUUACGUUAGACCAUUUUUGAAAUACUUGGUGCUUAAGCAAGGGACCUCAAUUUGAAAUGGUAUCUUAUUCGCUGGAAAUGUGCAUGUUCUAGAUCCUAAAAGAAUGGUGUUGAUCUUCAAUUUCCAUUGUGUAGUUGCACUUCAAUUAAUUGCAAUACUGUCAAUCCUUUUACAAAAAGAUUCAACAUAAAAUGUCUAAUCCAAUUUGUUUGUUUCCUUAAUUGAAGUUUGGACUACUUUCAGUAUAUAUCCUAAUGAAUGUUAUAAAUGUCAGAUCCUAAUAAUUGCAUUAAUCUUAAUUUUUAUUUUAUCGUCUGAGUAUUUCCGUAUCUAUUGGUUUUCUGUUGACAGGUAGCAUAGUUGGUUUAGAUCCUAAUUGAUUUAGUUGAUCUUCAAUGAUUUUACAUAAUGGCUCUUUUAUUAUGUUAUUAGUCUGACCAUUAAAUCUUUUGCAAAAGAUUCAAUGUUCAACAUGUAAUCCAAUUUUUUUUGUUUAGGUUAAUUUUUGAACGAUUUUUCAGUUUAGGUCUAAUGAUAAAUUUUUUGGGUUUCUAUCACUCCAUCUUUGUUGCCUUGCUGUCUUUUGCCAUGAAUGAUAUUUCUCCGUCAUCUUGGUUUUUAGUGUACACUCAGGACUAAUUAUAAGUUUAUUGCAAGAGAAGAUUUGAUCUGAAGUUGAAAUUUUGAAAGUUAAGAAGUGCUGAGGUUAGGAAGUGCUGCCAUUUGUGUUUUAAUAUUGAUACUUUGGCUUCAUUGUUAGCUUAACCUAAUUCAUCAUUCAUCAAUUGGUUAGAUCAUAUUGGAAAAAAAAGAAGAAGACCAGUAUUGAUUGUAUAUUUUGGCAAUCACUGGUUAGAUCAUAUUGGAAGUUCAAUUUUCUGAUUAGUCCUUCAUUUCUUUUGAGCUUUCUUGACCACUGUGAGGUGUUUUUUUUGUUGAUCAUUUUGUUGGUUCCUUCUUUACAGGGUUUCUGUUAGUCACAUGCAUUAUUAUGAAGUACAUCUUAGUAUCUUUAUAUUGUUAGAAAGUAUCUAAAAUCUGAUAUGGAGAUUUAUCAGCUCUCUGAGGCAUCUUGCCUUAAGGACUAGGUAGGAAAACUACAGUUCUAGUGGAGUGAGCCAGCUUGUGUUUCCCUAAAGCGGCACUAAUAUUAUUCUUGUGAAAU